AUGUCACCUCUUAUUCACGAUGACCAACCCUACUCAUGGAACGCGGCUAUGCCAAUUGCCGUUGUGGGUAUUGGCUUCCGCGGUCCUGGAGACGCAACGAAUGUUGAGAAUCUCUUCAGAAUGAUUGCCGAAGGCAGGGAAAGUCGAAUUGAUAUACCUAAGGAGAAAUGGAACCAUGAAGCCUUUUAUCAUCCUGACCCCAGUCGGUUUGGAACUCACAAUGUCACCGGAGGACAUUACUUCCAACAAGAUGUCUCGCGUUUUGACGCUCCAUUCUUUAAUAUGACAGCAGCCGAGGCUGCCGCCCUUGAUCCUCAGCAGAGAAUGCUUCUAGAAUGCACAUACGAAGCCAUGGAGAACUCAGGCACCAAGAUGCAUGACUUCGUUGGCAGCAAUACAUCCGUCUUUGUCGGCUCGUUCUGCGCAGAUUAUGCUGAUGUCCUCUGGCGAGACCCUGAAACGGUGCCCAUGUAUCAAUGCACCAAUGCUGGUCAUUCUCGCGCAAAUACGGCGAACCGUGUCUCAUAUAUUUAUGAUCUGAAAGGGCCAAGUGUGACUGUGGAUACUGCCUGUUCGGCAAGUUUGGUGGCUCUGCACUUAGGAUGUCAGAGUUUGAGGACCGGUGAUGCUAAGCAGGCUCUCGUUGCCGGUUGCAGUGCCAUUCUAAGCCAUGAAGGAAUGGUUACAAUGAGUAUGAUGAGACUUCUCUCUCCCGAAGGGCGCUGUUACACAUUCGACGAGCGCGCAGGAGGUUAUGCCCGAGGCGAUGGUGUCGGUGCGAUCCUUUUGAAACCUCUACAAGACGCCCUGGAUGCGGGAGACACAAUUCGGGCAGUCAUUCGCGGCACUGGAUCAAAUCAAGAUGGCAAAACGCCCGGAAUCACCAUGCCGAGUGGCACAGCCCAAGAAGCUCUUGUUCGUAGUGUUUAUGAGAAGAUUGGUCUCGAUCCUCUUGACACAAGCUACGUUGAGUGUCACGGAACUGGGACUCAAGCUGGCGAUGUCACUGAGACUAGCGCCCUUGCUCGUGUCUUUGAACCCGGUCGACCGAAGGAUGAGCCACUGGUAAUUGGCUCUGUGAAGACCAAUAUCGGCCAUUUGGAGGGUGCAAGUGGUGUUGCUGGAGUCAUAAAGACCAUUCUCAUGUUAGAGAACGGCCUUAUUCUUCCCAACAGGAAUUUCCAGAAAGGAAAUCCAAAGAUCUUGUUUGACGAAUGGAAAUUACGAGUUCCCUUGGGAGUCGAGAAUUGGGAAAUAUCCAAGCCUCGCCGAGCCUCUGUGAACAGUUUUGGAUACGGAGGUGCCAAUGCGCAUGUCGUCCUUGAGAAUGCACAAGACUACUUGCGAAACCACAACUGGGAAUUCCGAUCCCAUACGAGGAAAUCUGCCACUGAGUCAUCCGGGACCAGCACUCCUUCAAACCCUGGUCCUCACGGCCGCCUCUUCGUUUUCUCUUCAUUCGACGAGGCCACUGGAAAGAAGUACCUCCAGAGUUUCGAGAAGUAUAUAGAAGAUAGAUUGCAAAUCGCGGACUCAGAAGAGUUCCUCGAUGACCUCGCAUAUACUCUGGGAGAGCGAAGGACAAAUCAUACUUGGCGUACAGCCGUUCCAGCGCAGUCAGCAGAGGAGCUUUUGAGCAAUUUGCGUGAAGGUAUAAACUUGGGCAAUGCUAGCCAGACUAAGAAUCGCAAGAUUGGCUUCGUGUUCACUGGCCAGGGUGCGCAGUGGUGUGGAAUGGGUAAAGAGUUAAUUGAUCAGUAUCCUGUCUUUAAGGAGACCAUCGAGAAGGCUGGAAUUGCGUGUCAAAAAGCCGGCGCAACAUUUGAUCUUGAAACCGAGCUUCGCAAGGACCCCAAAGAGUCCGCAAUCAACCGUGCAAUCUAUUCUCAACCACUUUCAACGGCUGUUCAGCUGGGUCUGAUUGAUCUGCUGGCUUCGUGGGGCGUGAAGCCUACCUCUGUUACUGGUCACUCCAGUGGCGAAAUUGCUUCUGCCUAUGCUGCUGGGGCUCUCAGCCUUGAGGACGCCAUGUUGGUAUCCUAUUCUCGUGGUGUUGUUUCCAGCAAGAUGGCCGAGCGUGCCACCGUCCCUGGAUGCAUGAUGGCAAUUGGUAUGUCGAAGGAGGAAGUGCUUCCUAUUGUUUCAACCCUCACGAAGGGCAAAGUUGUCGUAGCAUGCUCCAACAGUCCUUCCAGCGUGACCGCCUCUGGUGACCUACCGGCCAUUGAUGAGUUGCAUACUGUCCUUGAUGAAAAGGGUGUCUUUAACCGCAAGCUGGUUGUGGAGGUUGCCUAUCAUUCUCACCACAUGGAGCUCGUUAAAGAAGAGUACAGGAACGCCAUUUCCUCUAUUAAGGUCCAACCCGGCAAUGACGUUGAGUUCUUCUCUUCUGUUACUGGAGAACGUGCUUCAAUCUCGGGUCUUGGUCCCGAUUACUGGGUAUCCAACAUGAUUGGAGAAGUCAAGUUCAAUGAUUCACUUGGUCGCCUGUGCUUAGAGACCGAAGGUCCAUCAGCAACCACCAAGAAGAGUGCUCAACGUCGCAAAGCGAAGGUCUCUCCGGUCAGCACUCUGAUUGAGAUUGGCCCUCAUUCGGCACUUGCUGGGCCCAUCAAACAGAUCAUCCAAGCAAAUGAGACCCUCAACAAGGCGUCUAUCAAGUACUACUCUGCUCUGGUCAGAAACAAGAACGCCGCCACUACUGUCCUUAAUCUAGUCGGUCAGCUCUUCGUUGCUGGACACGAGCCAAGCCUUGAAAAGGUCAACAGACCUACAGGUCUUGAAAGUCACUCUGUUCUUAUUGACCUGCCUCCAUAUGCUUGGAAUCACGCAAACUCAUACUGGGCAGAGUCGCGCAUUAGCAAGUUCUACCGUGAGCGACGCUUCCCACGAACUGACCUCCUUGGUGUUCUGGAGAGGAACUCCAGCUCUAUAGAACCUCGCUGGCGCAACCAUAUCCGACUGUCAGAAAUCCCCUGGGUUCGCGAUCACAAGAUUCAAGGUAACAUUGUUUACCCGGCAGCUGGAUAUCUCGCCAUGGCUAUUGAAGCAGCUUGUCAGCAUGCUAUUACCGUUAAGUCCAUUCCCACAAUUACGGGUUAUAAGCUUCGCGAGGUUGUAAUUGACUCUGCUCUCAUUAUUCCGGAGAAUCCCGGUGAGGUCGAAGUUGCCAUCACAUUGAAGUCAUUCACGGACAGUAUCCGCAAUCCUUCAGAUAUGUGGGACGAAUUUGUCAUUUCAUCAGUCAACGCCGACAGUCGCUGGACUGAACAUUGUCGUGGUCUUGUCUCUGUUGUGGCUCCACAAAAGGUCGUCAAUGUCAUUGAUGGACAGGCCCAGAGUAUUGCUGAAAAGCAAGGGUAUGCCGAACUCGUUGCCAGCUAUGAAACCAAAUGCCGCCGAAACAUCAAUGUUCCUCAAUUCUAUGAGCAGCUUAUCGAGCUUGGUCUUGAGUAUGGACCAACAUUUGCCAACCUCAAGCGAGCAAAGGCAGCUCCCAAUGCGUGCAUUGGUGAUUUAGAGAUUCCGGAUACCGCCGCUGUUAUGCCAUAUAACUUCCAGUUCCCAUUUGUCAUUCACCCAGCUACGUUGGAUGCCUUGUUCCAUACUAUCUUUGCAGCCCUAGCUACUGCCAACGGCGGCACCCUCAAGGAUCCUGCCGUUCCUGUCUCGGCCAGCGAAAUCUUUGUUUCGGCCAAUAUUACCUCUAAGCCCGGUGACAAGCUCGCCACUUACACAUCAACUGAGCAGAAGGACUACCGUUUCAUGUCUGCUUCUAUGACUGUGUUCCAUGAGAGCCAAAAGCAACAGGGCGCUUUUGAGCCCGUUAUUGAGAUCAAGGACUUGACAUGUGCCACACUUGCUCGUGAAGGGGCUGAUCCUUCGACGGACGGCCAGGUAACCAAAGCCUAUAACCUAGCGUGGAAGCCAAGCAUUGACUUGCUGUCCCAAUCUGAAAUCUUGGAACUAUGCGCUAAGACAAGUUCUCCAGAAGGCAACACCAAUGCCACAAAUGCGAGAGAGUUGCUCGAACGUGCUGCCUACUACAUGCUCAAGAGGGCCGUUGCAGGCUAUGCGCCUCCUGAGACUAAUUCCGCUUAUGCGCAACAACUGUGGUCAUUCCUCAAGUCACAGAGUAGAGUUGCUUCGUGGAAACAUGCUUACGACGGCUGGGACCAGCUAUUCAAAGCUGAUGUUGACGCAUUCAUUGACAAGGUCGUGUCUUCAUCAAGCGUCGGCAAGUUUCUGGUUGAAGUUGGCGACAAACUACCUAACCUUGUAAAAGGAGAGAAUUCUUCUGCUGAAUUUAUCAAGGAACUAGACCUCAAGGUGUUCGUGGACAAUACUCAGUUAUUCCAAAAUACCCAGUCAGCAGCGCGGUACUUUGACCUACUUCAACACAAAACGCCGAGUUUGUCUGUCCUUGCUGUUGGGCCAGGAUCAGGAGUUGCAUCUCUGGGAUUCCUCGCUUUGCUUAAUAAAAAGUCAUCCGCUCCAUUUGAGCGGUAUGAGCACAACGACGUCGAGUUUGACAUCAGGGACGUCGUCAAAGAGAAGUUCCCACAGUGGGCUCAACUCAUCGGAACGAAGCAAGUUGACAUCAGCCGCGAAAUUCAAGGUCAGGAAGAUAUUGAGCCCAAUUCGUACGAUGUCCUAGUUGCCUUCCAUGUCCUCGGGGACGCAACUGGAAUGAAUAAUGUGCUUGCUCAAUCCAAGCAGCUUCUCAAGCCAGAUGGCAAGGUGUUGUUUAUUGGGCGGCCCCUGAAAUCGCUUGUCGCAUCCGUGCUUUUCGGAUACGUGCCCUCUGUUUUGGCAGAGACUGGAUCCACGUCUGACCGUAGCAAUCUGUCGCCAGCGGAAAUUGACGACAUGGUCUCCGCAAGCGGGUACUCAAAGGUUACGGCCAUUGCUACUUCCAUUAACAGCAAUAACUACAGCAUGAUGGUUGUUUCCGCAAGUGCUUCCCAGGAUACAAGUGCAAAACCUCAGAAGGUCCAUGUCAUCGCCGAGGAUGAGAGUACUAGUCAGCCGUCUCUCCUGGCUGGUCUAAAAGAGGAAGGCAUUGAGGUAACAGUCUCUUCGCUUUCGGAAGCUAGUCCAACUCCAGACCACAUGUGCAUAGUGCUCAGCGAUCUGUCGAACAAGACGGUCUUGUCGGACCCAUCUGUUCAAGAAUGGGAAGCACUGAAGAAGAUCAUGCUCGAAGCCAAGGGUGUACUAUGGGUAACGCGUGGUAGUGCCGUUACCACAUCAAACCCUAAUGGUAGCAUGGCUACUGGUCUGAGCCGUACAAUUCGCUCUGAAAGAGGAGACGUCCCUGUUGUCACCCUUGAUCUUGAUGCUGAAAGAACACUCGAUGACGCAGUGUCGACCGAUAUUAUUUUGAAAGUCUUCCGCAAGAGUUUCUAUCCCGCUUUCACUGCUUCCGAAGUCGAGCAAGAGUACGCAGAGCGAAAAGGUCGACUUUUGGUGCCCCGUUUGAUCGAGGACGAAGAAUUGACCAAGACCCUCGCUAUCGCAACAGAGGGUGCUAAGGGUCAACUCGAGCCCCUUCAUCAACCCGGACGUCCUCUGCGCAUGUUUGUCGGCACACCAGGUCUCCUCGACAGCAUUUUCUGGACGGAUGAUGAUCGCGUCGAGACUCCUUUGCCGGAUGACUGGGUUGAGAUGGAAGUCAAGGCAUCCGGCUUCAACUUCAAGGACGUCAUGAUGGCCAUGGGCCAGAUCAAAGUCGAGAACCUAGGCUGGGAAUGCAGUGGUAUACUAACUAAGGUUGGUCCAGCAGUCACCGGACUUGCUGUAGGUGAUCGAGUGGUAUGCCAUGCCUCCGGAACUUUCUGUACCAAUGCCCGAGUGCAUGUGGACAAUGUACGAAAGAUCCCCGACACUAUGUCCUUUGAGAUUGCAGCAUCGCUUCCAGUCACUUACGUGACUGCAUACCACUCCAUCUACAAUAUCGCUCGCCUCCAAAAGGGUGAGACAAUCCUAGUCCACGCUGCAACCGGUGGUCUCGGCCAAGCCAUUAUCGAAUUGUGCCAACUCAUAGGCGCCGAAAUCUUCGCUACAGUGGGCACCUUAGACAAGAAGAAAUUCCUCAUAGACCACUUCCACAUUCCGGAAGAUCAUAUCUUCUUCAGUCGUGAUCAGAGCUUCGCCGCGGGUAUAAAGCGCAUGACUAGGGGUAAGGGUGUUGAUGCAGUCAUGAACUCUCUUGCCGGUGAAGGACUUCGUCUUUCUUGGGAAUGUAUUGCACCCUAUGGCCGAUUUGUUGAGCUUGGCCAGCGCGAUAUUGGCAUUAAUUCGCGACUUGAAAUGGGUCAAUUUAUCAAGAACACUUCAUUCACGGCAUUCAACUUGGCUUACAUGGUUCAAUAUAAUCCCAAGGUGGCCAAUGAAGUGUUUACGAGCGUUUUAAAUCUGUUCUGGAAAGAUGCUAUCAAGGGUCCUUCGCCAGUUGAGGUGUACAGUUUCUCGGACGUUGAAAAGGCAUUUAGAAGAAUGCAGACAGGUGGCCAUAUGGGUAAGCUAGUUGGAACGGCUGACACAGAUGCGAUGGUGAAGGUUAUUCCACUUGACAGAAGCAAGUCCCUGCUCCGGUCAGAUGCCUCUUACGUUCUUAUUGGUGGUCUCGGUGGUAUUGGACGAGCCACUGCUCUCUGGAUGGUUGAACACGGUGCUCGGAAUGUUAUCUUCGUUAACCGCAGUGGUGUCAAGGUCGAUGAGGCUCGAGAGACCAUUCGUGUAUUGGAGGAGAUGGAGUGCAAGACUGCAAUAUUCCCCUGCGAUAUCACUAAUGAAAACCAAGUUGAAACAUUUGUUGGGGAUGCUGCUAAAGCUAUGCCACCUAUUAAAGGUGUCAUCCAGGGUGCUAUGCUACUCAGGGACACACUAUUUGAGAAGAUGUCUCUUGAAGACUACAUUACGGUCCUCCGUCCCAAGGUUCAAGGAACAUUUAAUCUGCACAAGUACCUGCCAAAAGAUAUGGAUUUCUUCAUCAUGGAAUCUUCCGUCAGUGGCAUCGUAGGCAAUGCCUCUCAAGCUGCCUACGCCGCCGGAAACACAUUCCUCGAUGCAUUUGCAAGCUACCGCGUAUCUCAGGGUCUGCCUGCCACUACCAUCGACCUGGGCGCUAUCUCCGGAGUGGGAUAUCUCUCCACUAACUCAGAACUCAAACAAGCCAUGGAACGUCAGGGAUUCGAAUUCACCAACCCUAAGCGUCUAAUGGCGCUCAUCGAGUCAGCAAUUCGUAAUCCUGCACGUCCUGGUCAACAAGCUCACAUCAUUACUGGGCUUGGAACCUGGAACGAAGACAGUUCGCUCGGAGCAUUAACUCUACCAAUGUUCUCGCACUUUCGGCACUUAAGUGCCGGUAACGCAGACUGGGGCAAAUCAGGUAGUGGUAACAAUCUCAAAUCGGCACUCAAAGCCGCAAAGACUCUUGACGAUGCAAGCGAGUUAAUCCUCGGUGCAUUGAUCGAUAAGAUUGCUUCUAGAUCCGGCAUUGGUCCAGAAAAUAUUAACACUUCCAAGUCGAUGCCUGACUAUGGUAUUGACUCGCUCGUUGCGGUAGAGAUGAGGAACUGGAUCACCAAGGAUAUGGAUAGUACGUUGCCAGUGCUGGAAUUAUUAGCUAGUGACCCCUUGACGCACUUGGCCACCAAGAUCGCGCAGAGAUCACGCUCAGUGCAGGUUGCAGAGCAAACGCAUGAGUAGUCUAUUUUUGGGUUUAUUUCUCAGAAUCUCCUGUCUCUGUUUCUAGGUUGUCUAUAUAGAUUGAAUCUGGUUCUUGUAUCAUCAG